AUGGCGACUAAUCGAAAUUCAUCUAUACAAAAAAGUCGAAAAUUAGUCGUUGUUGGUGAUGGUAUGUCUGGUAAAACAUGUCUUUUAUUUGCAUUUAAAGAUGAUGAAUUUAAUACGGAUCAUAUACCAACUGUUUUUGAUACAUAUGUUGCUGAGAUUGAAGUCGAUGGAAAUACUGUUGAUUUAGCUUUAUUCGAUACGGCUGGUCAGGAAGAUUUUGAUCGUCUACGUCCACUUUCAUAUCCUGAUACGAACGUUAUAAUUAUGUGUUUUAGUGUUGAUAAUCCAGUAUCUGCAGCAAGUAUUACUGAAAAAUGGAUUCCUGAAGUACGACAUUUUUGUGGUACAUGUCCAAUAAUAUUGGUAGCUUGUAAAAUAGAUUUGAGAACAGAUUCUCAAGUUGUUGCAUCAAUGAAAACAAAAGGUCAAAAAUUAGUAUCAAUUGAAGCUGGAAAACAGCUUGCAACACAGAUUAAAGCUGAUGGUUAUAUGGAAUGUUCAGCAAAAACUCGUGAAGGAAUACAUGACUUAUUUAUUCUUGCAGCUCGUUUAUCAUUAAAAAAACGUAAUCAUCAUAAAAAACAUCAUAAAUGUUUUGUAAUUUAA